GGCAGUGACAUUUCUUCAUGAGAACUCAUUUGGUUUGGUAGUAGCACGUGGGGAAAUAAUAAAUUGUUUAUGGUUUAAUAUUUUUUGAAACAACUUAGCAUAUUUUUAUUUUAAAAAUGAGAAUAGAUACUUUAAAUUAUAAAAAUGAAGAUUAUUUAGAGAAUCAUGAAAUUUUUGUUGGAACACACAUAGGCUGUUUAAAAAGAAUUUGUGUAGCGGAAGAAGAUCCAUUCUCACAACAAAAUCUACAGGAUCUUAAAACUUUAACCCAGGGAUCGAGAAUUUCAGCUCUUUCUUUUGGUGAUGAUAUUUCAAAUGAAGUAUUAAUCGGUAGAGAAAACAAAAUGGUACAAACAUAUUUAACAAAUGAAAAGCGUUUUGAAAGUGUAGAGGAAUUUUCCGAAGGACCAAUAGUAGGAUUGGGAAAAUUUAAUGAUAGUAUAAUUGCCGGAAUAGGUACUGGAAAAAUUCAACAGCAUUUGGACACGGAAUCUAUUACAAUAGUCACAGGAGAUAAUACGUCGAGAUUGAGACAAUGCCCGAUAAAUAAAAAUCUUUUUGCAUCUGGAGGAAAAGAAAGGCAAAAUAAUCUAAAAGUUUUUGAUAUGAAUGAGUCAAAAGAAAUAUUUAAAUCAAAAAAUUUACCUAAUGACUAUCUUCAGUUGGAAGUACCAAUAUGGGAUAGUGAUUUAGGUUUUAUUGAUGGUAAUUUAGUCGCAACUUGUUCAAGAUAUGGGUAUGUUAGAGUUUAUGACAUAAGAAAACAGAGAAGACCGAUUCUUAAAUACGCAACACCAGAAGAGCAAACAAGUUUUUGCAGUUUGAUUGCACGAGAUAAUUAUGUAUAUUGUGGUACUACAAUGGGAAUGGCUAAAGCGUUUGAUAUAAGAAAAUUUAAAAAUUUCGUGCAUACAUAUAAAGGUUUUACUGGAUCCGUAAGUGAUUUAUAUUUAGAUGAAAGUGGAAAAUAUUUAGUUUCAUCGUGUUUGGAUCGUUAUGUAAGAGUACAUAACAGUGAUACAUGUGUUAUGCUUUACCAAUGUUAUGUCAAAUCGAAGGCUACAAGGAUUCUUGUUAAAACGAUUGGAAACAUUGAAAAAAAUGAAUUAGAGGAGAAAGAUAAUGAGGGAAAAUCAAUGAAUGGAAAUAAUGUGGAAGAUGUUGAACAUUGUAGCGACGAGGAAUAUGAUGCCAUGUUUGCAAACAUGCCAAAAGUCGACGAAUCUGAGAAAAAUGAAAAAUCUUCUAAACGAAAAGCUAUUCAAAAUGGAAAAAAAAUUAAAAAGAAAAAAUUAUAAAAUAUGGUAAAUAAAAAUUUUUAUUUUACGUGAAA